UAGGUGUAGAUGUAUGCAUCUACUACUAUUCAUUUCAACGCUAAGCUACAGAUUCUCCCUCUAUCUCUAACUCUCUCACUAAAAAUCCGCCAUGCCGGCUCAAGUGAUCACUGAGCAGACCUUUCAAUCCCUCCACGACACCAUCAUGGAGGAUACAAAUUCAACUUUAUUUCAUAAGAGGUUGGAAGGAAAAGUAGCCAUCAUAACCGGAGGAGCACAUGGGAUCGGCAAAGCUACCGUCAAGCUAUUCGCGAGACACGGUGCCACGGUGGUGAUCGCUGACGUGGACGCCACAGCCGGAUCUUCCCUGGCUAAAUCGAUCUCAUCAUCCCAAGUCGCCUUCAUAAGCUGCGAUGUCUCGGUCGAAGCUGACGUGGAAAACCUAGUGAACGUGACCAUCGCACGUUACGGUCGGCUUGACGUGCUAUUCAACAACGCAGGAGUUCUCGGAGACCAGAAGAAACACAAAAGCAUAUUAGACUUCAACGCUGAAGAGUUCGACCAAGUGAUGCGUGUGAACGUGCGAGGCGCAGGGCUCGGCAUGAAACACGCGGCACGUGCCAUGAUUAAAAGAGGCUUUAAAGGUUGUAUAAUCUCGACGGCGAGUGUGGCGGGCGUUAUGGGUGGAAUGGGCCCACAUGCUUACACGGCGUCGAAGCAUGCGAUCGUUGGACUGACCAAGAACGCAGCUUGUGAGCUCGGGAGGUAUGGGAUUAGGGUUAACUGCAUAUCACCGUUUGGAGUUGCUACGUCGAUGCUGGUGAACGCGUGGAGGAAGACGAGUGGAUGUGGUGACAUGGAAGAUGGUGAUGAUGUAGAGGAGAUGGAGGAGUUCGUGAGGAGUUUGGCUAAUUUGAAAGGAGAGACAUUGAGAGCGACGGAUAUAGCUGAAGCGGCGUUGUAUUUGGCGAGUGAUGAGUCAAAGUAUGUUAAUGGACAUAACCUUGUUGUUGACGGGGGUGUUACGACUGCGAGGAACUGUGUUGGUUUGUGAUGAUAUGCCUCUUCUCUAAUUAAUCUGAUAAUUAACUGCAUUUGGUAAAUCUUUUUGUUCGUUUUUUGUUUGUGCCUUUGCGUUGUUGGAAAUUGCUGGUGAAUCAAUAAAACAGUGAUUUUAAUCA